AAUUGACCUAGCAUCGGCGAUAGUAUGCACGUUAUCCCAUCAUAUGUGCAUCCCAUAUCCCUUUUUCGCGAAUUGUACAUCGUAGAAACUUGGUACGUCUGUGGUUUGCUAACGGCAUUUAAUGUCUCUGACAGUGUGGCAGCGUCUGUGUCUUUGAAUCCAGUAGUUGGCAGUACAUAAUCUAUGUACUCUUGUCAAUCCUUCCACAUUCCAGUUCAUUAUCUUUAUGUGCGAUGCUUUGCAUGAAUUAUUCAAGUUCGAUUCGUCGGUAUCCAGGGGGGCGGCGAAAGAAGCCUUGUUGCACCAUUAUUCCCUCCGGCCAGAGUUCUGCCCUCUAUAUUUCCUCUAGAUAUUAGAAGGGGACUGCUGAUUUAAAUGCUAUGCUCUGUCCCUUUGUUAGGAGUUAUUCAUAUGAUAUUUCUUUCUGAAUGCCGUUUUUGGUCAGGUAGUCUUCCACAAUCUCCUCUGUUACCGUGUGUCUAAGGUGUCCUACGUAAAAUCAUGUUUCUCGUGCUUCUGGCGUCAUUUCCGUGUCGGAUAUUUUCUUCGUACCAAUUCUCUUCCAUUCAGGCAUAUUCCGGCCGGAUUUGGAAUUAGUAGUGUCUCCCCCCUCCCGCGUUGUGUUUUGUCGUUCAUCCUACGAGGGCAGCAGUGAGGUAAAUCGUAAGGCAGAUCGCGAGAAUUAACAUGAAGUUCCUCUCCCCUACUCAGGACUCGUUCAAAGAAUCAUACAGUAAGUUGAAUAUGUCAAAACGUAAUUUUUCGUUUCAACGGGUGCUGUUGUUGACUCUUCUUUUUGAUUUGAGAAUCGGUGUACUUCACUUUUGCAAUAUACUGUUGAGGUGUGAUUGACACAGAAGAAUGACGGAUUGAAAUGCAAUGACGUGUGAAAAUAGGGCUCAUUGAAUGCCAUGAAUGACGUGAAAUUUGUUUUCGGAAGAAGAUAUUAAUAAGGAGACGAACAGAUUCUUUGGACGUUGGCCCUAGUAAUGGAGAAAUUUGCAGUUGAUCUUGAUCGUGUAUUGGAUGAAUUUGAAUAUAAUGAAGUGAAGGAAAAUGGUGGUGUAUGUGCUAAUCUGUUGGAAGUUACUGUCAAGAAGGUGAAGCAAACAAAAAGUUCAAGAAUUGCCAUAACGAAUUUAGAUUUGGAGAUGUACAGUGGAGGUAUGGAUGAAGGCAUGGAUCUUCAAUAUUCGAUGCAAUAUUGUGCAGAACAAAUGGCUCGCCGGGACCGCAGACAAUAUGAAUCUUAUUCAUCGGAGGAGAUAGCACAUAGCAAAUCUCCAAUCUGCAGCCAUGAAGAACUGCAAGAUGAGGAAUUAAGGGAAAGUAAAUCUCUACCGACUGAAUAUCCUACUCGAAUUGUUAAUAAAGAUUCAUUGCUCAAUAAAAAAAUUGAUGACAGAUUGUUGCAUUAUGAUGUGGAACAGAGGAACCUGAACGAGUCACAUCCCAAACGUCAUUCGUCGAAGUAUCCAAAUAUAAAUAAAACAAAUGAUGUGUUGGAUGAGUCUAGAAAUUCACUGCACAGCAAACUAAAUGUGAAUAGGGUAUUUUCAUGCCUGAAUGAAUAUAUAAAUACUGGCAGUGUUUCUUUUCACAUUAAUAAAAGUAACUAUGGCUAUUGUGAAGAAAACCAAACAGAUUCUGUCAACAAUAGUUCUCCUCCACGCUCUACAGACGACACGAGCAUGUCACAGAGUUCUGAAACCAGAAGAAAUGAAAAUCAGAGUACAGAGCAAAUUGCCUGUAACAAAAGUUCCCAACAGCAAUCCAGCCAGAAAUAUAUUCCGUGUGUAUUGGACCAUCAGUAUGACAUGAUUUCAUUCGACGCAGAAAUUAAACCCGUAUCCAGUUCAGUCGCCGCCAAUGCUGACGAUGUAGAUACGCGCUAUCAUUCGCUGGCGCUGUUCAAGCAAGCUCGCCGCAACGGACAGCCCCGCGACUGGAGAGUUUCAGCGAGGACGCGUAGCAACGCACGGGAGACCUGCGAGUGUGCGGAGCGAUGUGGCACGAGCGGUGAUCGUGUACCUGCUGGAGGGAGGCAGGCGAUGGACGCUCCUAAAGUCUCGGAUAAUGAAGCGAAUGACGAAGAGUUGCUUCGGAAGACUCUUGAAUGCUUAUAUUGGCAAGGUGAUGCCGAUGUUCGUUCUGUAUCACCAGGGGAGGAAUCAGGUUCACAAGUUGAAGUCCUCAAAGCAGGUGAAAUUCUUGAAGAAAAUUCAACAGGGGAAUCAAAAAAUGAGUUCCAACCAUCCAACGAACUUUCGCAACAAGGGCCGUGUUCUGUGGAGCAGAAUAAAAAUAGUGAAGACACAAUCAAAGUAGGAGAAGAAUUUCAAGAUGUAUCAUCGAACAUGCCAACGAAAAAAGAUUCAGAGAAUAUUAAUCGAUUAGAGCCUUCAGUGUUUCCAGUAGUUUAUGAAGACGAAGAAUUUAGUGACGAAUUCUUAAAUAUGUAUCUUAAUAGCCUGGAAUCAUGUGAUACUUAUUUUUCAUUGGACCGAAUUACGAACGAAGGAGCUGCUGAUAUAGAUGUAAAGAAACGCCUCGAGUGUGAUAUCCAUACAAAUCCAAUUAGUCCUACACUCUCAGAUCUGCCCAGCCCUACCUAUAAAUAUUCUUCCUCUUCUGAUAUAUUAGUCACUGAAUGUACGCUUAGCACAACAGCUCAAAAUAUAUCUUCUGAAGUGCACGCAAGCGAGUCUUCAACUCCUGAUGUUGGCUUUCACAACAUUGUUCCUUGUACUAUUCCAGAUCUUGAUUUCUCAAUCUCUCCUGGCGGCGUCAAUACCACUUCCAUCGCUACCACUUCAUCUUCUUCAUCCAUUGUCACCGUCACUGCUGCCACUAACCCUAUCGUCUCCUCCGUCGCCACUUUCCCCUCCGCCCCCACUGCUAUUGCCGUCUCCGUUGCAACUGUAACCAGUACCAACUCAGCACCUGCUGCUGCAACUCCUGCUACUGCUACUGCUGCUAUUACUUCCACCGCUGCCACUAGUAGUACGGCCACUGCUACUACUGAUACUGCUGCAACUACUAAUGCAACGGCAACUGGUACUAUUGUCACUGUGUCUACUGCCCACGAUGUUACUGCCACUACUGCUGCUGCUGCUGCUGCUGCUGCUGCUGCUGCUGCUGCUGCUGCUGCUGACCCUACCACUGCUACUAAUACUAGUAUUGCUUCUUCUAAUGCUACUACUGAUACUAUUUCUUCUUCUUCUUCUGCUACUAAUACUAAUACUACUACUGCUGCUGCUGCUGCAGCUAGUAGUAGUAGAAGUGUUACUACUUCUUUUAUUGCCCCCUUUCCUACUACUAAUACUGCUGCUACUACUACUAAUAAUAAUCUUACUAUUACAGCUGCUUCUACUACCGUUAUUACGGGUAUUACUACCACCACCCCCACCACCACUGCCACUGCUACUGCCUCUACCACUGCCACUGCCACUAACACUACUACUAUGGCUGCUGCUACUACUACCGGUGCAGCUGCUGCUAAUGCUAUAGAUACCAUUCCACUACCUAUUUCUGCCACUACUGCUACUACCACCACCACCACAACCACUGUUGCUGCAGCUCCUACUACCACCAUUACGGCUGCUGCUACUACUACCAUUACGGCUGAUAGUGCUGCUGCUGUUCCUCCUACUACUAAUAAUAAUACUACCAACACCGCCAUUGUUGGCACGACUGAGACUGAUGCUGCUACUACUUGUCAUUCUACUACUUCUGCUAUUACUACCAGUAAUAAUACUGCAAAUAUGACUACUAGUACUACUAAUACGAUUACUACCAAGACUACUACAAACGCUAAUAUUACUACUACUUCUACUACUACAACUACUGUUGCUGCUGCUACUUCUGCUUCUACCACUACUGCUGCUAGUACCACUACUGCUGCUACUACCACUACUACUACUACUGCUGCUACUACCACUACUACUGCUGCUACUACCACUACUACUGCUGCUACUACCACUACUACUUCUGCUGCUACUACCUCUUCUUCUGCUGCUUCCAUUUCUACCAUUGUUGGAACUAGUAAUACUAUUGACGCUAAUUUUAAAAAUGUUGACGAAACACCUGCAACAUUUGAUUCAAGUAAGGGUUCGGCUGUUGAAUCUGACUGUAAAAAUUCUGUUACAGUUUCUGUGUUAAAUAUGAAUUAUAUAAAUGAUACUUCCGUUGCCCCAAUAGCUACUUCGUAUCUUUCCUCUAUUCCGCUUGUAGAAUCUGCGGAUAAUCUCCACAACACAUCAGUUCUCAAUGCUUUAGAAAACUGUUCUGCUACUACUUGUAAUGUUCGGGACGUGGAGGUUUCUGAGCCCUCUACAUCUUCAGUUUCUACAGAAUUAUGUGUACGCCCUACAGGCGAUACUUCUGCUAAUCAUGCAUAUCCACCCAGUUCCAAUACCUCGCAUCACACUUUCGAAGAUUCAAGUUGUCUUUCCUUGGAGAAUUGUAGUGGUGGUACGUCACUGAAGAACCAACCAGAAAAUGCAAAGAAAGAGAGUAAACAUUUCCUGAGAGAUCGUCCUUCAGAAUCUGUUACAGAUCCAUUCGUGGAGAAAAUGGAUACGGCAGCUGAUGGAUUAGGGUUGACUCUGGAAAGUGGCGUAUCUUCGACAGCUGGCGAUGAUCACGUUCUUUCGUCGCCAGACACGUCAGAAGCUUCGUCUAGCGAGCUUACUCUACAACAUAUUUUGGCAUCUGAAGUUGAAACUUCCAGUAAUGAGGUUGGAUGUACGUCUGACGAACAUAGCAAACUUGGACGAAUUCCUCCCAUGUGGGUUCCAGAUGACAAGGCACCUACAUGUAUGCUCUGUUGCUAUGCUGAUGAAGAGAAUGACUCCUUGAAAGGGUUAUCAGAUGCAUCAUCAAAUACUUCUAACGGUGUAACAAGUGCUGGCCGUAAACCAAAUCCCAACAAUCCAAUGGAAUAUUGCUCUACAAUACCUCCUUUAGAGCAAGCGGCCAAUGCGUUAUCACAUCCAGUUCCCAGUGUAUUGGUACCAGUUGGGGUUCUGAAACGUGAAGGGUCUGCCCGACUGAAGAGUGACGUUGCGAAACAAGUGAUAUUCAGUGAUGGCAUUCGCCCUGGCGGAGAUCUCACAGAAGUUGAAACAUCUUCAGAACCGCGGGUAUUGAGACAAACGGAUGUGACAGUCAAGAGAGUGAGCAAUUUAUCAGGAUUGCUGUAUUCUACAGUGCGUCUCUCGAGAUCCUUUGAUGUCAAAGCAAAAAGUUUUAUUUCAAAUGAUGGUCUUCCUCCACUGGCUGUGAUGGAUAAAGGAAAUCUGAAUUUAGAAGAUAUACCUUUCAGAAAUAUGCCUCACUUCUUGGCAUCAUUGAAAUGUGAAACUAACCCCCCUGCAGUAUUUGCUUUAAACAAAAAUCUUUUUGUGAAAGUGAAGAUUCUUAAUUUGGAUUGCUGUGUGAAUCGCGUAUGUUGGUGCUUUUCGACUGAAGGAAUGAGCUGUGUGAGCCAAGAUGAAAUAGUUAUUAUUUUGGAAUGUUUACCAGAAGACAAUUCUGUACCUACCGAUAUAUUUCAUUUUCUUAAUUCUUUGUACCAUGAUGCAACAAAAGGUAUUCUUAUUUCUGAAAUGGGUCAUACUAUUUUCAAAAAUUCUUUGUUUUUGGGAUCUUCUGAUCAUGGGGGAUUUUUGUACAUACGCCCCUCGUUCCAGUGUUUGCAUAAAAUUAUUUUACCAUCUGCCCCAUAUCUGGUUGGCAUCCUGAUUCAUAGGUGGGAAAUUCCUUGGGCGAAAUUGUUCCCUAUUCGCCUGAUGUUGCGGCUGGGUGCUGAAUUUCGCUAUUAUCCAUGCAUGUUGGUUUCAAUUCAGCAACGAGAACCAGUCUACUGUGAGAUAGGACACACUAUCAUGAAUCUUCUAGCAGACUUUCGGAAUAUGAGCUACACACUACCAUCAAUUCCUGGCAUGGUAAUCCAUAUGGAGGAUAAACAUACGUCCAUUCUGCUACCAAAAAACAGAUAUGAUCAGGUAUCAAGAGCUUUAAACAACUCAAAUGAUCACGUUCUUGCUCUAGCAGCGAACUUCAGCCUUGAUGCAGAUUCUCAUCUCGUGUGUAUCCAGUCUCCAUCUGAUGAUAGUUACCAUACACAAGCUAUUAAUAUACACAAUAAACCUCGUAAAGUUACUGGUGCUAGUUUUGUCGUUUUUAAUGGUGCUCUGAAGAUAUCUUCUAAUCUUUUGGCAAAAUCAACCAUAGUGGAAGAUGGACUUAUGGUUCAAAUUACACCAGACAUGAUACAGGAACUGCGGUCCAGUCUUCAUAAAAUGAAAAACUUUAUUGUGCGUUGUGGUCCUUCUUCUGCGACAGCGCCAGAUGAACUUGUAGAAAUCACAUGGAUUGAAGAAGAUCGUAACUUUAAUAUUGGAGUGCGAAGUAUUAUUGAUGGUUUCGUUUUGGAUGGAGUGCCAUCAAUCCGAGUGCAUAACGGUUCUGACUUUAUGGGCAAAACACGCUUCAUCCGAUGGACAGAACCUGGUAACGUUGGUGAUGGAAUGAUCGUUGCAAGUGAUACCAUUGAUGUUAGCCACAUUGCAGAAAGUUUAGCAGCUGCCACCUGUAUGGCAUUAUGUGAUUUUCUGGAUUUGUUGGCACAGAGUGGUUUUACUAGACUCGCUGUACGAGCCAACAUUCACCACGAAAAUGUGGGGUAUUCUGUAGGAAGUCGAGGAGAAAAAUUACCUCCAAUUUACAUGAAAUCUCUUGACAGUACACUUGUCCCUGUACUGCAUAAUACUGCAAGUGCAAUUUCCAAUAGUUCUCCAAUAGUAUUAGAAUUGAUCUUCCAUAUAAUGUUGCAAUGACAUCUUGAACUUAGUUGUCUGUCAGGCAACUCCAUUUGGUGAAUACUUCAUUUCAUAAAGAAUAUAAUAAGGAAUGACGUUGUUAAUCGUGUCUCCGUUGUAAGUGCCUCGUCAGAGAGAUGUUUGUAACAAGCGUUAGUUUUAGCUUAAGGAAGAAAGAAACUUGAAUAGUGGAGAACUCUUGUAUAUUUUGUGAAAUUUAGAAUGUUAUCAAAUUCUUAUAAGCAGAAUUUUGAAGCAUCCUUUGUAUAUUAAAAUUUAGAUAUGGAUUUGUCUGUUAUUAAAUAUGCAGUGCUUUAAUGUAUUAUAACAAAUUUACCUUAUUCGUCCAUACAUUUAUUUAAUUAUUGUCAGUUCAUUUAUGUCUUUAUGACAUUUUCUUUGGGAAUAAAUACAAUAUGUUUCUUUGGUUUAAUAUUUUAACCCCAAAAUAUUGUUAUAUUGUAGAUAUUAUCGACAUGAAAUUUUGAAAGUGUACUUGUUUGCUUAACCUGUAAUAAAUAAUAUUCUCAAAG